UGAAGGUCGGAACUACCAGUGGUAGCAAAAACUAAAACUAAAAGUGCAAUCUAUUUGCGGCAUUAUUUCAAACUAGGCCAAAAUCCUCACAACUAAAGCGUUGAUUUGGUAAGUUUUGAAACUUUUGUCCUAUAGUCAGUCUAUAGGAAAUGGUACUCAAAUGCUCGACCAACAUUUUAAGGAAUAAAUUACAGGUAGUGGUUUUAUGUGUUGUAUUUGUGGGGAGCAUAAACACACAAACCAGCACCCAUAACGUCUGCACAUUGGAGAAAACCACAAAGGGCUUUGACGAGCUACAAGCUAUGUAUAGGAGGAAGUCGGGCGGGGUGAACUACACCAACAUCGUAAAACCUGACGCAAACAACAUCCUUGUCCAGAGUCCUCUGUGUGGUCAAGCACCGGUUGACCAGUCCGAGGCUAUCGUGAUGGGCAAGGUAUCCCCAGAGAAAUCCUGGCCAUGGCAGGUUUAUAUUGAAACCUAUCUUAAAUCAGGUUUCCAGUCAACCUGCGGGGGCUCCAUCCUUACGGAAUGGUGGGUCCUGACCGCUGCUCAUUGUUUGGUAGAAUCCGGUAGUACAAUGACUGUUUUCUUUGGAGUGUACGACUUAACACGACUAAACUCUUCGACACACAUCAAGGCGGAGAAAUAUAUACAAAAAUCUAAAUUACUAGGACCGGGAGAGUUAGAGAAUGAUAUUCUACUUGUCAAACUUGAAUCUGCUAUAACUUUCACGGAAGAUGUAAGGCCGAUCUGCUUGCCUAGCGAAGAGAUGCUUGACUCCAGAAGUUGUUUCGCUACUGGUUUCGGAGUGACCGGUGAAUUUGGAUCCUUCUCUAACGAUUUGCUGCAGAUAAAGACGAACCCCAUGAAUCAAAAACUGUGCAUGUUUUUUCUCCGGAACACGAGACUGAAAGGUGGGGUUGAUCCCUACAUCUGUCUAGAUACGGAGGAAGGCGAAAACAUUUGCGGCGGAGAUUCAGGCGGGCCGCUUAGCUGUAAGGUGAACGGAAAAUAUUACAUCGUUGGUGUAGUUAUUGCCGGUUUUGAUUGCGAUUCCUCAAUGUUUCCUUCUUACACGAUUUCUGUUUAUGCCUAUCUUGAUUGGAUUAAAACGUCAAUUAAAUCGAAUUAAUUAAUUGUAAAAUGAGACCAGUAGCACUUUGAUUAGCUUAGCAAUCUACACCUGUCUUUGUUAACUGUUUGCUUUGAAUAUUUGAACAAAGGUGAUUUGUAAAAUGGACUACAAUUACUUACUGAGCAUUAAACUGUUUCCGUUUGAAUUCGCUCAA